ACUCAAUGAGGCAAAUAUAUAACGGUGUGUUCGGCACACGACACGCCUUUAAUACCGACUGCCUGCCUACACAGCAAACCCCACUAACCCGUUUGGUCGUGUAGCCUCUAGUUCGCCCUUGCAGUGUCUUUGGGACUAUUGGUGUAGCUUACCUCUGUAGUAGCAGAGUAAACACAUAGCUCUGAACAGUUUACUGCCUGUAAUAUAUACCUGUAACUCUGAACAAACCACUAUUCAAAACAACAUGUUGUCGCUUGGUCGUUUGCGUGCGUUGAACACGGCCAGUGGUGUCAGUAGCGUGCCGCGUCUGCUGAAGGUCUCGCCUACGCUGGUACAUGGUCAGCGUCAUAUGUCGGACGUUCGCACCAAUAAAACAAAGGACAUCGACAUGAACGAAUUCUCGCGGGUGAUGGAUGCGAAUGCCACCACCUUCUUCCUGACGGAGAUGGUGCGUGGCUACAUGGUGACGUUGGACUACUUCUUCCGUGAGCCUCCCACUCUGAACUAUCCCUUCGAGAAAGGUCCUCUUUCCGCUCGAUUUAGAGGUGAGCAUGUGCUGCGCCGAUACCCUUCGGGAGAGGAGCGGUGCAUUGCCUGUAAGUUGUGUGAGGCUAUCUGCCCCGCCCAGGCCAUCACCAUCGAAGCCGAACCUCGGGAAGACGGAACUCGCCGUACCACGCGUUACGACAUCGACAUGACUAAGUGCAUCUACUGCGGCUUCUGUCAGGAGGCCUGCCCCGUGGAUGCCAUCGUGGAAGGCCCCAACUACGAAUACGCUACGGAGACGCACCAGGAAUUGCUGUACAACAAGGAGAAGCUUCUGGACAACGGAGACAAGUGGGAGAGUGAGAUUGCCGCCAACCUCGUGAAGGAGCACAUGUACCGUUAAACGCACUGUGCGUGUACGUGCACGUGUACCUGUGGACUGAUUUGGUGAGGGCCUGGAACCAGACCAUUGCAGUCGGAGAAUGGGCUAUCGGAGCGAAGGCGCACCCGUUUCUCCCAUUUUGGACCGCCUUGCCCCAAAGGCUAUACGCACUUCCCUUGUUCAGGGGCAGACUUCAUUGGUAGACUGUGUUUUAGCACUCACUACCGCCGUGGGUGCUCCUGAACCGUUCAGAUUUCUGGACCUCAAUAUUUGCGAAAUGCGAAUAAAGUAGUUAAUAUUUGG